CCCUGGUGGUCUUCACCGUAAAGUCAAUACCUGCCAUCCCCCCUUGACGAACUCGUGUUGUAAAAAAAGCCGUCUACCGAGGCUUAUUCUAGCCACGAACAUCCGUGGAAACGCGUCGUUCCUUCAACACCGCCUUUUUCAUCGCUUGUUUCCUGCAUUUACAUUACAAUUACCGAAUACUCUGGACAACUCCACUGUCACAAAAGUGCACCUCAAUCAUCCCCAAGUAUUUCUUCAGUGAUGAGUUUACGAUUUUAUGUGAAAAAUUGUUAAUUCGGCUCUGACAUCGAGAAAACCGGCGCAUCAUUUUUUUUUGGUCGUUGAACACGGAUCGGCAAAUCAAAGUACUGAUCUACAAAAAUGGAUCACAAUAACAAAGUACCGACAGAGCUUGACGAGUUUUUGCCAACGGAUGGCUCAAAUUUCAAGGAUGGGGUCCUCACCGCUAAAUACAAAGUACAAGUCACACCAAGAGAUGCCGAGGUCGGCCUCACGGGGAAGGAAUUCAACCCUUUUACUGAGCGAAGGCAUCCCAAUCCCACAACGGACUGUGACACCUUGACACAUCUGCUCAAAGCAUCGCUCGGAACCGGUAUACUGGCGAUGCCAUGUGCAUUCAGAAGUGCUGGAUUAAUCGUUGGAAUAUUCGCCACAUUUUUCGUUGCAUUUGUUUGCACGCACUGCGCAUACAUCCUGGUAAAAUGCGCACAUGUUUUGUAUCACAAAACGCGGAGGACGGAAAUGAGUUUUGCUGAUAUUGCGGAAGCAUCUCUGGCGCAUGGACCGAGCUGCUUACGAGGUUUCUCGAAACCCUCGAGAUAUUUAAUCCAAAUAAGUUUAUUCAUAACAUACUUCGGAACCUGCAGUGUAUACGCCGUGAUAGUAGCGGCGAAUUUCCGAGAGAUAAUAAAUCACUACAUGUAUCCAGUCAUGACAGCUGUAAAUUCCACACAAGAAGCGUUAUUCAACCAAACAUACAAUAUAACAACUGCAGCACCAGCAGCAGAAUCUGUUGGGGGAAUUGACGAGAGAAUGACAAUUGCGUGCCUUUUACUGCCACUGAUCCUCUUAACUUGGAUUCCAGAUCUGAAGUAUCUGGCUCCUGUAUCCAUGAUUGCCAAUCUUUUCAUGGCAACUGGAUUAGGGAUCACUUUCUAUUACCUCGUUAUUGAUUUGCCACCAGUGGACACAGUACCCUAUGUUAAACCAUUAACAGAGUUCCCCAAAUUCUUCAGUAUCACUAUUUUUGCUAUGGAAGCUAUUGGCGUUGUUAUGCCCCUAGAGAACCAGAUGAAGACACCUCAACACUUUGUUGGCAUAUUCGGAGUACUUAGUAAAGGAAUGUCUGGUGUUACACUUAUUUAUAUUCUUUUGGGAUUCCUGGGAUACCUCAAGUAUCCGAAUUCCACUGCGGAAAUUAUCACUCAGGAUUUGCCAAUUCACGAAAUCCCAGCUCAGAUCGUUAAACUGGCAGUUGCCCUCGCAGUAUUUUGCACCUUUGGACUACAGUUCUACGUAUGUCUGGACAUUGCCUGGAGUGGCCUUAAGGAUCGUUUUACGAAGAAACCUCUAUUAGCUAAUUAUAUCGUUAGAACUGGACUCGUAACUGGCUGUGUAUUGUUAGCUGUAGCAGUACCCACAAUUGCUCCUCUGAUCGGUCUCAUCGGUGCCUUCUGCUUUUCAAUCUUGGGAAUUUUAAUCCCAGUAGCCAUUGAAAUCAUCACCUGCUGGGACGUGGGUUUCGGUAAAUGCAAUUGGAUCAUCAUGAAAAAUGUCGUAAUCAUCUUCAUCGGAGUGAUGGCACUCAUCUUCGGUUCUAAGGACUCCAUAGAAGGCAUUAUCAAAGCCUAUACACCAACCAACUAAUAGUUACAUAGGAGAAUUCAAUCACUGAUAAGAGUAAUCGGGCAUUGACCAUUCAUUCAAUGCCAUCGCCGGGGCUCUUACAAUAAAGCAUGCAAAUUUACAAUCGGUGACCAGCAGAGUCUUCGCUCAUGGUAUUAGUUGAAAUUUUUAUUUGUUAAUUCAUCGAUUAUUCAAUUGUGUCGUUAUUGUCGUUGACAAUGAAAAUGGAUUUUUUAUCUAAUUGCGAAUGAAUCCAGGAGAAAUGAAUGAAGCAUUUUUUAAUUAUACAAAUUAUUAGUUUUGAAUUUUGAAAGGGUAUUUUCUUGUUCAUUAGUAAAGUUGAAUAAUCAUGUUAAAUUAUCCACUAAUAUUCAUUCAGCAACAAUCAAUUGAAUAACAAAAUAUCAAAGGAUCUUUUUUGUAAUUGACAAUGUUUUCUCCACAAAACUCUUUUGAUAUUUCUUCGUAAGUGUUCAUUAACGAGUAAUUUAGUGAAUUAGUUAAUUUGAUAAUCAAUAAACUGAGCUAAGUUGAAUGCAAAUUAAUGUCGAUGAUUAUCUUGGAAAUGAACAAUUGUGUGGGGAAAUGUCAGGGGCCAUUUGUAGUAGCUGUCAGUAACUUUUGAAGUUUCCUCUCGAGAUUUCUCAUCAUCGAUACAGUCUCGGAGCAGAAAUGUUUUUAUUACGUUACUGGUGAAUACAGCAUUUAGCAACAGCAGGAUAUGCCUUUCAACUUGCAAUGACAAAUAUUCGAAUAGUAGUGCAUUAUUGAGGGUAAAUAGCAUGCUUGGAGGGGAAAUAAAUGCAAUAUGCUUGUAACUUUGUGUACGACCCAUCAAAGUUGAAAAACAAUAGAUUUUACAGCUGGAAAUAGACAACUUGAUACUUUCAAACUGAUGAAAUGGCACUCGAUAAUUAUCGGCUGAUCAUCACGAAUCCCGCCAAUUAUGUACAUAAUUUUUUCUACAGUUUUAGCUUCCCCCGAAUUUUAUUGCUGCUGUCUCCAUGAGCAAAAUCAUCGAUGUAAUACAAUGAAAGUAUUAGAUUGUAAGUUCAUUAAGGAGAUUAGUUUUUUAUCAGCAAAUACUUGAUGUCAAUUGAACAAUUUUCCUUUGGAUACUUAAAGCUUCAAUUUUUGGAAAUUAGAUGCUGAGUAUAUAUUUUUUUUAUAAUCGUAUAUCAAAUUGAUCAGUAUUCGAAAUUAAGAAAAAUAAUCUUUGUACCAAACUGAAAAAGAAUACUUAUGACCAAUUUUCAGGUAAUUAUUAAGAAUCAAAUGAAAGUUUAUGAUAGGUGUGGAAUGAAAAAUGAAAAUUACUGUUAUCAGACGAUUUGUUGAGAACAAUUUUUAAUAUUGAAAGUACAUGAUGAACUUAUAA